UCUUCUUUUCUCCUCCUAAAAUAAAAUGCCUCGAGUUAUUACUUUCAUAAACAUGAAAGUAAUAUUCGUUUUAUGCAUUUUAACCGUGAUUAAACCGAGUAUCGGGCGUGUAGUAGUCGGCGUCCAAGGCUUUGGGCCGGGCUUUUCAGGUGGGCUUGGUAACACUGGCCCAUUUGCUUGGAGUUUUGGUGGGCCUGAGGCUGAAAAAUGUGUAGCAGCUCUUAAAAAUACUCCAGGUUGUAUUCAAGAAAUAUUUGGCUCUUUAUUCAUUCCAUUUCAUUUUCAUUCUAUUGGGCCUCAAUGUUGCAAAGCUGUUAUAGACAUUCAAGAUAAUUGUUGGCCCAAGAUUUUUCCGAUAAGCCCGCUAUUUCCGUUUACGCUCAAGAAUUUUUGCACCAAAACACAAGGUCAGGUUCCGGUUGCACAACAACCACCGUCGCCACCGCCACCAUUUCCGUAUUCGUUUCCACUUCCGUCGUCUCCAACCUCAUCGCCGCCUCCGCCUCAACCGUUUUCGUGGUCAUUUUCAUUUGGAGAGAAUGCACAUAAUGAAAAUUCCUAUUAAGAAAGGGGCUAGUUGAGAGAAACUAGGCCCAGAUUUGAGAUUUGGGCCUAUUGUACCUAAGUCCUUGAAAUGCUCUAUUGGGCCUUUGGCCCAUGAGAAAUGAAUAUUUUGUAAGGAAGUGGU